AUGGUAUACUACGUCUUGGAGGUUCACUACUGCGGAAGGAAGGCAGAGUUGGCCCUUCUGCAUAGACGCACCGCCGCUGGGUACGUCGAAACCUUUCUCCAGGACGACCUGCAAAGCCUCGACAUCCCGCGCGAACCUGCGGCCAUCGUCACGAGUUUCUGGAGAGACGACGUGCCAGUGGUGCGAUGCUCGUGGAAUGCCGAACAUCCCACCGACGACUUGGACGCUCUCCAUCAGGCACUAGUAGUGUUCACGCCAACGGCGCGAGCAAUACGCACAACGCGGAUGCGUAAAGUACUCAAUGACAAACUGCGCGAGUUGCAAAUUACGGUGCUCACUGCCGAGUUCCGGACUGAACCUGUAGCGGUGAAGCAAGAAGUGGCAGACGACGGCAUCGCACUCUGGGGCGCCGCGAAGGAGAACGCACCGCCAGGCCAUCAGGACGCGCCGGCCAAUCCAGGACAUCGCAGCAGAGUCAAGCCCGGCGCUCUGAAGACGGCUCUGGACACUGCAAUCGCUGCAGCGGGCGCGCGCCUGGAGGCACUCGGGCGCGACGUGGAGGCCCGCCAGGAUGACAUAGUCCAGACGGGAGAGUGGCUCGAUCAGUAUGAGGCACAGCUGCAGGCGAGACAGAUGGCGCUUCGCGAGCGUGGGAUGGACUCGGAGACGGCUAACGCGCGGAAGGAGGAGGCGUUGACCCGAGUCGAGGCCCACUUGUCUGAGACGCUGACGGCGCUCAAGCACAGGGACACCCAGAUUGCUGACGCACGAACCCAGCGGGCGAAAGUAUGGGCCCAGCUGGCAGAUAAACAGACCAACUUCGUCAAGGGGCGCAUGCAGCUGACCCAAGUGACCGCAGAGCGAGAUCUACUCGCGCAGAAGAAAGCGACGCUUCAGGCGGACCUUGUGCAGGCGAGGAUGACAGAGGAUGAACAACAGGCUCGGCAUGACACGAUUGCUUCGCUGCGGGCGGAAUUGGGGACACUGGGACCGGAAGUGCAGGCAGUACGAGCGGCUAUUGCUGUGACGGAAGAGGAACUUCGCCAGUUGGAGCUCAGCACACAAGCUGAGAUCGAAAGGCAAAUGAUCGUGGAGCGAAACACCCAGAUCUUGAGCGAGAAGUUCGUCCAGACACAGUUGGAUCUGAUGGGCGAGGCUCUUGCCCUUCGCCAGCAUCUAGACACGCUCAUGCAGCAGCUAGAGGAUGAACGCGCUGUACGCAGGCGCAAUGCGGAAGAGCUAUUCUCCACCGGCCACACGGAGGCCUUCGGUGUGUUAUCUCCUCAUGACGUUCGCGAGCGUGCCCUAUUCACGAGUGUCUUCCACAUGUAG